AUGAAAGCCUUCGACUUCACAUACUUUUCUUUCUCGGUUGGGAUCAGUGGAAUAGUCUUCAUCUACAUCCGAUCUGUGAACUUAGAUCUUGGUGUCCCCAUUCUGCAACCACCACAACCGUUGAGAAGUAGCCCUCUAAUUGAGAAGACAAUCUCCAACUUCACCAUCCUGCUGUGGACCUGGCCUUUCGGGGUGUGCUCCCACAUUGAAAAAUGUUCCAGGCUGCUGGGCAUCCCUGAUUGCCACAUCACCAUCGAGCGCAGCUGGUAUUCAAAGGCAGACGCAGUCCUCAUCCACCAUUUUGAUCUCUAUGGUAACCCUAAGAGACUCCCCCAAGAGCCAAGACCACUAUCCCAACGCUGGAUCUGGUUCAACUUGGAGUCACCCACGUCCCACUCUGUACAAAGCUUCUUAGACAACCGCUUCAACCUCACCAUGACUUACCGAAGAGAUUCGGACAUCUACACUCCUUAUGGGUGGAUGGAAGUUCUUCCGCAGAAACAAAACGUCACCAUUCCCCCCAAGUCUAAGCUGGUAGCUUGGGCAGUGAGUAACUGGAAACCAGACUCUCGACGGGUAAAAUACUAUGAGGAACUGAAGAAGUACCUCCAGGUGGACAUUUAUGGACGCCAUCGCCUACCUCUUCCUCAGGACCAACAUCUGUCCACAUUGUCGCAUUACAAAUUCUACCUGGCCUUUGAGAACUCCAUUCAUGAGGAUUACAUCACAGAGAAGGUCUGGAGGAAUGCUUUCCAAUCUUGGGCUGUUCCUGUUGUCCUCGGACCUCCAAGAGAGAAUUAUGAACGCCAUAUUCCUCCAGACUCGUUCAUCCACAUCGAUGACUUCCCAUCUGCCCAAGGGUUAGCCAACUUCCUUCAUGAGUUGGACAGGAACACGACGCGAUAUGAGAGUUACUUCCGUUGGCGCUCAUGGCUGAAACCUAAUGGACCAACUCCUUGGGCCUUUAAGUUCUGCAAAGCAUGUCAGGCCUUGCAGGCAAGUCUAGUUCAAUACCAGACAAUCCCGGACCUAAGCAAAUGGUUCAAGUAA